GAGCGUACAACCGAAAACAUAAACAAACUGAAUUUAAUUUAUUUCAGUUCGAAAAUAAACUUUUGCAAUAAUGCGAAACUGUUUUGUUCACAAAUGCGAUGCCCUAAGCAAAAAUACCUCAAGGGCAAUGUUUGUGGUUCCUUGGAAGGACCCGGACUUGUUCCGCCAGUGGCAGGAAAUCCUCCCACAGCACCAUCGUCAACUAAAGCAGCACGACCGGGUGUGCGAAAAACACUUUCGCGAGCAAGACAUUGUUCGCUUUUGGCAGCACACGAUUAACGGUCAAAAGGAGGUCAUUCUGCGGGACAAACCAACGCUGAAACCGAGGACAGUUCCGGUGUACGACCACCAGGAAAUGUUGGCCAAGAUUGCGGAAACGGAGGCCCAGCCCAAGAAACCUGUUAGGCGGAAAACACGUGACGGGGCUGAGGGUGGUGCGGGACCGGCAAAGCGUACCAAAAAGGAAGACCCUGAGGUCGAACCAAUCGCACAAGUGCCUCAUUCUUCCUCGGACUCAAGCGUGGUAGAAUCUGCGGUUCACAAGAUCAACGGAAGCAUCGAAGGUCACGCCGUAGAGCACAACAUCGUUAUAGAAGUACUGGCCCACCCGGAUUUCGAAACGCUAUUCGACGAAGUGUACGAAGUCGAACUUCCGUCGACCCUCUGGGGAAUCCACCGGGACCUAGACAGGACAUUCAUCGCCUUCACCGAAUUCAGCAAAGACUCGAUGAAUGUCCGCAAAUACCUGUUCAUUGACCAAUCGCUCCAGUAUCGAAUGUCCGUCGGUCAGCGUACGAUGAAAUCCGGAAUACUGCCGGCUGCCUCAACGGAAGCAAUUACCGAACUCCUCACAAAACUAGACGAAAUCAAAGUCCGGAAGGUAAUCAUCAAAGGCAGUUCGUCGGUGCUGAAUGAGUCGUGAACGUUUUAUUAGACAUAAUUACGAAACCGUCUUCAAAGUUGCCAUCAUCGAUUCUCUGCGUUUUCGUUAAUCCAAAGCCAUAAUUUUGGAAGUUGGGGACCAUCCAUGAACCAGGUGGAUACUUUUUAAAAAUCUCAACCACCCUCCCCCCCCCUACCCUCCUCCCCCCAUGUAGACAAUAAUUGUCCAUACAAAAAAGGAUUUUCUAAUCGAUUUGGAGUCUUUAGCAAAUUGUAGUCCUGAUCAUUGCAAAUUAUGAUCAGGACCACAAAAAUUUAGUACACUUUGAAAAAUGUUAGGCCAAUACGAAUGUCUCUUUUUUUUAUCAAUAAAAGAUAAUCCAUAUUCAAUAAAACUUGUUUAAAUCUUUUCUUAGUUUAAUAUUAAAGAAAAUAAAACAAAACUCCUUUUCAAAUUACAAAUGUUCUGAUUUAAAAUGGUGGGAAAUUUUAUUUUCACUCGCUUUCGUUCGCUAAAAGUUCAUGAUGCCUUGUUGCAAAACGAAGUGAAGUCAUUUUUUAUUCUUUUUCUGUCAGAAAUGGAAAUAAAGCCUUCUUGUUUAUACUUUUUUCAUUAUCAGGUU